UACAAAACAUAAAUGGCCGCCCACUACUUAUUAUUGUGGAAGUUCCUAGAGUACAUUCAAUGUUGUAUUGUUCCUAGCAAAGUAGAGUUCCAAGUAUGUAUUUGAAGAGUCUCAAUAUCCCUAUAAAUAAUAGGGGGAUGAGUAGUUCAAAUAUAACAAACAUUUGCAUAAGAAAUAUAUCUCUACUUCUAUCUUCUAAUAUGCCUUACCAAUCUUGUUAUGCCUCUCUCGAUUACCAUCUUUAAGAUGGUAUCAAAGCAGGAAACCAACAAAAAACCUCCAAUGGAGGGAAACCAAAUAUCCACUCUCGAGCUGUUGAUCGAGACAAUCUCAAAUCUAAUUGAUUUGUACAAAUCCAACACAAACCAAAGCCAAAAUUUCUACCUACCGAAUAACCUCAGCGAAGGAUUGAAACGCACUGCUGCAACACAGGCAAACAACCGAAGGAGUAACGUGUCUGCAGCUCCACCCGUCACAGACAGCAGCGUCGUCGACGACGGCGGCGAAAACAGCAACAUCAGCCGGCGUCGACAUCGGCAGCAGAAUCCAUCUGAAGCAGCGUCGCCGGGUGAGCAGCCUCCGGCUGAAGCGGCGGCAGCAGCGGCUAGAGCAGCGACGACAGCUGAAGCAGAGGCGGAGGCAGCGUCUGAGGCGGAGGCAGCCUCUGAGGCGGAGGCAGCGGCUGCUCCUGAAGCCGCGUCGGAGGCAGCGGUGACUGGGGCAGCGGCGGAGGCGGCAGCCGCAGAGGCGGAGGCGGCGGCGUCGGAUGAGCAGUGGAGAAAGAAAUUUGGGAGAAGAAGAAAGAAAUGUGGGGGAAGAGCCGCUGAUGAAGAGUCUUGUGUGGGAUUUUCUAAAAACCCCCUCCACACUUUGCAAAAAACCCCCCAAAUUUAUACACUCUCCCAGAUCCGACCCCACUCCAAACAUUUCUCACAAAAUUUCCCUCAAAAAAAUCUAAAAAUGUCAAAGCCACCUAAGCAAUUUCAGAAAUUGGCUAACUCAUCCCAAUUUUCCGAAAUAUUAUACAAAAAACCCGCAUUUGUCCAAAAGACCCAAGUAACAUCCCCAAGUCUCGAAAAUUCUGAAAACAAAACCCAAAUUUUUGAAUUCCAGCCCUCAAUUACUUGUGCAAACACUUUCCAAGCCCUUGCGUACUCUUCAUCCUCCAACAUAGGACCCAAAGACUAUUACUGGAUCUUUGAUUGUGGGGCAACCGACACCAUGUCCUUUGAUGAGUCGGAUUUCCUUGAAAUUACCCAAUCCACAAAACGAUAUGUCCAAACAGCCAAUGGAGAGUUAGCACCUGUGCAGGGGAAGGGCACUAUCACUGUCUCACCAACUCUUCGCAUCUCAAACUGUCUUUAUGUUCCGUCAUUAUCCCAUAAACUCUUAUCUGUCAGUCAUGUCACAAAAGACCUUAAUUGCAAAUUACUAAUGCAGCCUCGGUUUUGCAUGUUACAGGAUAUCAAAACGGGGACGAUAGUUGGGCGUGGCACUGAGCGGCAUGGACUGUACUAUGUGGAUGAGAUAGCCCAACAGAGUACUGCGAUGCUGACUCACGGACUGACUGACAGACAGAUUUGGCUCUUGCAUCGCCGGUUAGGACACCCAUCUAUAGUCAAAUGUGUCUUCUUGGGAUAUGGAAAAAAUCAGAAAGGUUAUCGUUGUUAUGACCCCUUAACAGAUCGCAUGUAUACCACUAUGAAUUGCGACUUUGUUGAGAGUGAAUAUUUCUAUAGCCAAUCUAGCGGUCAGGGGGGGAGUGAAUCGGAAAAUUCGGGAUGUGACGCCCUAAAUUGGCUACCUCUUUGGGGAGAAACCAUUCAGGGGGAGAGGGAAAAUACACAAACUGACAUGCCUAGCCAGAACCCUGUCACAGAAGGCGGUCCAACAGAGGAAGUUAGCGGUACCACCGGGCCAUCAGACUCCCUAGAACAGAACACGCCGCUUCAAGACACUACCGAACUAUCUGACCAGUCUUUGAAUCCUGAGGUAAUUCUUUCAAAUCCCGAAAUUGGUAAUGCAAUUGAAACAUCUAACAAUGACAUGAGCCAUGCAGAUGAGUUGUGUACAGAACAAAAGACAUGGCACUCCGAAUUACCCCAUAGAAGCACGAGAGGUGUUCCUCCAAAAAGAUAUUCGCCAGACUGGAAAGGACGGAAAUCUCGAUACUCUGUUGCAAACCUAACACAAGGGCAUCUCACUGAAAUGGCAAGGGCAUUUGAGGCGGCACUUUAUGAAGAAGAAGAAAUUCCGCAGUCCUUCGAGAUGUUUGAUGUUACAAAUGCCUUUCUACAUGGAGAACUUGAGAAAAAUAAGGAAGUAUACAUGGAGGUUCCCCCGGGCUUUCACGAAGACUUUGGGAAAGGGCAGGUGUGCAGACUAAGAAAAACCCUAUAUGGGUUAAAGCAAUCCCCCAGGGUGUGGUUCGGAAGAUUUUGUCAGGCAAUGGUCAACCAAGGAUUCAAACAGAGUCAUUCAGACCACACGCUAUUCCUAAAGAAGAGGAACGGAAAAAUGACAUGUCUAAUCAUAUACGUUGACGACAUGAUCAUAACUGGAGAUGAUGCCGAAGAAAUCCAAAACCUGAAAGAGAAUCUUUCCAAGGAAUUUGAAAUGAAGGACUUGGGAGAUCUGAAGUACUUCCUAGGAAUUGAAGUGUUGAGGUCAAAGCACGGAAUAUUUCUAAGACAGAAAAAGUAUGUAUUGGACAUGCUAGCGGAAACAGGUCUACUAGACUGCAAGCCCGCCGAAACUCCAAUGGUGCCCAACCAUAGACUGCAGAUUGUGGAUGGAGCUAAGCCUACAGACCGAGAAAGAUAUCAACGGUUAGUAGGAAAACUUCUUUAUCUUUCUCACACUAGACCGGAUAUCACAUAUGCAGUUGGAGUUGUCAGUCAAUUCAUGCAUCAGCCUCAAGAAGACCAUAUGGACGCUGCCAUGAGAAUAGUAAGGUAUCUUAAGGGUACAGCCAGUUAUGGGGUCUUCUUGGAAAAAAAGGAAAACUUAGAAAUUGAUGGGUACACCGAUGCUGAUUGGAAAUUGGCUUUCCACCUACUCGGAAAAGUCAACUUUUUUGUGACAACAAAGCAGCUAUCAGCAUCUCAGAGAAUCCCGUCCAGCAUGACAGAACUAAACAUGUCGAAGUCGAUCGUCACUUCAUCAAAGAAAAACUUGAAGGAGGAAUUGUCGAAUUCCCGUUCGUCCGAUCUGAGGAACAACUUGCAGAUAUACUGA